GAACAAAAAAAAAAAAAAGGCAGAUUAAUCCGGUUGGAGGCUGUCGGGAUUUUUUUUUUGGGACUACAGACUCCAUCCGUUACAGUUCAACGGAGCUACCUGCUAGCACCGUUAGUUAGCCUGACAGCUGGCUUUCCCGGUGCUAACUUCACCGCACUCGGUGUUCGUGGCGUUACAUUAACCGGGGGUGUUCACCGGCUUUUUGCGUGUAUUUUACCCCGGUGUUGCGUUCUCGGUUUGCGGAGGGAGGGAGGAAGGAGGGGAGGGGAGGGAGAGGAGGGUCUGAAAGCUGUAGCUGCGUCUUUGUGCCUGCGGGGUUGCUAGCUGACAUAUUUGCUAGCCGUGUCGGUUGCUACAGGCUGCGACUCUCCGAUCACAUCGAUUAAAGGCCAAAAAGAGGGAGUCGAUCGAUAUGUUUUGUGAUUGAUUUUGAUGUUGUAGUUUUAACACCUUUUUUUUUUUUUCCUCCUGUGAUUUUAGACUUCUACAAGUAGCCAUGUUAUUAAAAGUCUUGUAUUUAAUGUGAAAUGUUAAAGUGUUACUUAUGUCAGAGUAAAGGUUUGAUUUAUUGACACUUUAAUGUGCAGUUUUAAUAAAUAAAUAAAUAAUAAUACAUCAAUUAAAAUAUGCAUAAAUAAAAACAGUAAUUAUAUUAAUAAUAGUAAUAUUAAGGGACCUCUUUUUCUGUAUAUUUCAUAUUGUGUGCGAUGUAUAAGAAUAACUGUACUAACUACAGGAAGCGAUUUGGCUGAAUUUUUAGUAAAUCCCUUUAAAUAUUGCAUCCGAGAUUAGUUUUUCUUACAUUUUUAAGGAACUUUUCUGUCAGUAUUAUGUAUUUGUUUUGGUUUUUCGACAAUUAUACGUACUUAAUAUGCUUAGUUUCUUUUGACAAAUUGGUGCUUGGUCAUUGUUCUGUUAGUUCUUUGGUUGUUUUAACUUUAUAGGUUGUCUUCACUCAGCUUAUGCUAAGAGUUUUUUUUAACAUUUAUAUCUUCUGUAAUAAUCUAAACUGUGGAAAUAACAAUUUAAUUUAGCUUUCUACCCAGAGAUGAAUGAAUGAAUGAAAUGGUCUGCUGUAUGCUUUUGUAAAGACCUUUCUGUCGCUGCCUCAGAAUUGGAUCUCGAUUACCGUAUCUGGUUAAAUAAAGUUUUUAGAUCUUGUGUACAUAUGACAGCCCCUCCUCAGGACCAUACGAGAACUCUAUCCAUGACCCACAUCUCACUGGACGCCUGCACUUCUUACUCCGGACGUGUGCUGCUGUUUCAUGUGAGGCUGAAGACAUAACACGGCUGCGGCGCAAGUAAAUCAAAACUGCAACUGUACGGGUACCUCGAGGCGCGUACUGGAUUUGUACUUCAGUGCCAAAGUAAUGAAGUGUCUCGGACGGGGAGAGCCCAGCCCUGAAAAGCAAUGUCAUCAUCCAGCUUCUGUGCACCUCUGAUGGGGCUGAGGAGUGAACCCACCGGCCAAGCAGAUCUGUGGAGGAGAGGAAGGAGGCAGGUUUCCAGGAAACUUGUGUAUUGAUGGAUAGCCAUUUCCUCCUGUCAGCUCUUGUGGACUGAUACCUGCACAUUCCUCUCAGUGUUCAAGGUUAGACUUUGGAGAAGCUGAUAAAACCAGGCUGCCAUCAAAAAAAAACCCCCACACUAUUACACCGAAAAAGAGAGUAUGAUGUGCGCAACGUGGAUUUCUUCUGCCAGUGACAGUUUUGUGAAAUCAUACUGGUGACUUGUGGAUGCUGAGUUCUCUGUGUAUAUGAGGAGAAAAGUAGAAAAGCAUAGAUACUCGCAGUCACUACAGAUGUGCACUACAGAAACCAUGGUGGUCGUUGCAUUAGCUCCUCAGCCCAUCUCAGUCCAUGACUACAGAAGCCUUUAGAGGCCAGGAUCAGGAACACGCUCGCCAGCCAACACACUCAUAUGCAAUGGAAGAAGACACUGAUGUCACAUGCCACACUGAGGGCCUGAAUGGUUUGUCACAUGAAUGUAAACCAUUAGAGGAAAUCACCAAUGGACACUCCAACCAUAAGCCUGUCAUGAACGGACUAAUAAUUAGUCACAAUGUCAAAGACCACACCAACGGCAGCGCACAGCUCAGAUCCCUGCCGAUUUCAGCACUGAAGCAGAAUGGCCUUCUGCAGACCCUGGCAGCUGGAGGCGACCAGCCUAAGCCUGCAGAAGAAAAUGUGGAGUUUGAAAAGGCCAGACAGGAGUGGGAUGCUCUGGAGAACGUCCAACCAGCUCUCACUGAGGACUCGAACCCGACCCUGAUCAUCUCCUUCAAUGAAGCCCUGCAGUACUUCCAGACCACAGACCUCGGGGACUUGCUGAAGAACAUCCAGCCAACCAUUCGCAGGACAGGUCUGGCCGCGAUCACACACUUCCUCUUUGGACCUCCACGGCUGCACAGGGAACUCCUGGAGGAGAGGGAUCUGGUCUUUGCCAUCGCACAGUGCCAUGUGGACAACAGCCAACCGGUUCACAUGCGUGUCCUCCAGACCAUUUAUAAGAGGCUGAUUGGCAGCAGGCUGGACUGUCCUCGCUACGGGGCGCACUGGGAAAACAUCGGCUUUCAGGGUACAGACCCAGCCACUGACCUACGUGGCACUGGUUUCCUGGGACUGAUGCAUACUCUUUACUUUGUGAUGGACCCAGAGACUCUACCGUUGGCUAGAGACAUCUACAAGUUAUCACAACAUCCUACACAGAACUUUCCAUUCAGUGUGAUGUCAAUCAACAUGACCCGCAUCGCUCUGCAAGUACUCAGAGAGGAAGCCUUGUCCAAGGAGUGCAAUCGUCGUCAGCAAGUGGUCGGUGUGCUGAAUGAGUUCUACGUUGCGACGUACCUGCACCUGUACCAACUGUGGAAGACCCAACAAAAGACCAUUGCUGACUCUGGCUUUGUACUAAAAGAAGUGGAGCUGUUUGCCAAAAAGAACCCCAAGCAGAUGCUGCGCCGACUAGAGGUCUUCCUGAAAGAGAGGCGGGCAGGUGGAAUCCCCCGUGGGACGUCGCCAGACCCUCAGGCCCAACAGCCCUCUCCCAGCCUGGGGGAACGAGGGGCCAGAGCCGGGACGGGACAGGGAAGCAAGGGAAAGGAAAUGCACUUCACAGGAGUGUGUGAUCUACCGCCAGACAUGGAGGGAGAGGCCAGACUCAUCUAAGCUAGACUCUGUGUGAGUGUGUGUGUGUAUGUGUGUGUGUGUGUGUGAGCAGUCCUGUUUGUGAGUAUAUCUAUUAUGGUAUGUGCAAGUGGCUUACUCUCAGAGAGCUAGACCCCC